CAAAGUAUAUUUAUCUCUCGCGACGAUGAGUCAAUUAGACUAUUUACACUACAUUAUUAUGCUUAACACAACGACUCAUCAUCAUCGAUGAGUAGUGGUAGAUAUUCCUUCCGACCGACGACAAAGGUCAAGAAGACAAGGUCUACCAACUAUUUGGGAGGAGGAGGUGGUGGAGGUGGGAGAUUGAGGAUGGCUGACGACCGAGAAGUUCUUCGAGAAAUUUGGGAUUCCAAACUUCCCGUGUCGUUUGCUCUGGCGGAGGAGGAGGUUUACACGGUCAAACCUCCUGAACCAUAUUACCUCAUGGUUCCAAGACUUUUAUACUUUCCCCUCGUCACAGAUAAAGUUCGCAGGCAUUUUGCCCAGCAUGUUAACCCUGAAAUUGCUAACAAUGAGAUGUGGCUAGAGUACAACGGUCAACCAAUCAAGUGGAAUCAUCCAAUUGGUCUGUGGUUCGACUUAUUCUCUGAUGGAAUUUUACCAUGGUCGAUAUCAAUACACUUUGAUAAGUUUCCGGAACAAAACGUGUGCAGGUGUCCAUGCAAGGAUGCAAUUAGGUCGCAGUUUAUGUCCGUACUUAAGGAGGCUGACGCGUUAAAACAUAAAGGACAAGUGAUCAAUUCUAUGCAGGAAAAAGACCAUAAUCAGCUUUGGCUUGGAUUUCAAAAUGAUAAAUUUGAUCAAUUCUGGGGUGUAAACAAGAGGCUUAUGGAGUCUCCUGCUGGAGAAGGAUUUCGCAAUAUUCCUAUACGAUGCUACACACCUGAGAAAUUUGCUAUGCAGAGAUUAGUCAAGCCAGUUGAUGAUGCCAAUAACUCUUGGACGUCUUUACACGACGCACUAAUAGAGUUCUUUCCUGAUUUUGACGCUUCCAAAGUUCGGAUACUAAUUCAUGGAAUAGAGCCCCCAUUAAAUUCUCCGAUACAAUGGCUAAGUGAGCAUCUGAGUUAUCCGGAUAAUUUUCUUCACGUUGUUAUCCUUCCUACAAACUUUUCAUCGGUUCCAUCUUGAAAAUUUAUGAGUUUUGAAACAAGAAACGCACGAAAGUUGAAGAGAGAGAGAGAGAGAGAAAUGUGACAGCUGAAAACUGAACCUGUCUAUUUUAUUCCGAAAAAAAUUAUCUUAAGAGAAUUAUUUGAUUUACGGGAAUUUCCUACAUAACGUUACUUUGCACGCCGUUUCUGAUUUUAUAAUGACACUUUAUCAACACUCGCUUUGACGCUAUAAUGAAUUGUACCACUAAUUAUUAUCGUAUAGUAGCUUACAUUUCGAAAGAGUAAAUAUUUGUUAUGCGACAAUGAAUUUUACAUGGUGAGAAUUUUUUAAUCAUACUUAAUUCAUUUUGGAAUUGUUCGUCCUAAGCUAAAAUUAUAUUACAUUUAAUCCUAAAUACAUUCAUAACUAUAAAAUACCGAGAUUAAGACUUACUCAUAUUUCCGAAGUGCUUUCGCGUUUUUUACGUAUAUGUACAUUCAAAGUAAUGAUACCAUGAAACUGUGAACUUGUGUCAUAAGAUGGAAUACAGAAAAAUAGUGGUGAAGUAA